GUAAAGCAUUAAUUGAUUGUGAGUUCCAUUUAUUAUGUUAUUGCCGAUUAAAAUAUACGUUCAAUCAAUUCAAUAACAGUCAUGUGCGUGACGACAGCGCUUCAUACUCGUGAGGUAGAUGGCACUUUCUACUAGUGAUGUAGAUGGCACUGUCUACUCGUGAGAUAGAUGGCACUUUGUACGCAUGAGGUAGAUGCCGCUUGUCAGUUAAAUAAAAACAUUAAACUGUUAUGGUUGUUGUUCGUUCAAACAGUUCUUCAAUAGUUCAAAUGUAUUAGUUGAAAUUCGUUAAAAUUUGAACUGCAUAUAAAAUAAUUAUGUUUUUUACUUUAUUUCAUGUAUUUUAUUUUUUUGGGAAGUAUGUAUAUGAUAGUUAUUUUAGCAAAAAAACAGAGCAUGUGAAAAUGCCACACACAUCAGAAGAAUAUUAUACAGAUAUUGAUACACUCGAGGAUUAUUCACCUCCAAGUAUAAGAUUUCAUCCGCCAAUGUAUAUCCAAAGAUAUAAUAGUGUAAUUAAAAUACUUAACAGUGAUAAAUACAAAGGCAAGAUACGAAAGGUUGUAGAUUUUGGCUGUGCAGAACUUUCAUUUUUUGUUCAUCUCAAAAGUAUUCCCGAAAUAGAAGAAAUAUUAUGUAUAGACGUUGAUAGAUCUGUUCUUGAAGAAAACAAACACAAAGUUAAGCCACUAUUUUGUGAUUUUAUACAUUAUCGAAGUAAUCCUCUUGUAGUUUAUGUUUAUGAGGGAAGUGUUACAAACAAUGAUACAAAAUUGGAGAAAACUGAUGCUGUCAUCUGUAUAGAAUUGAUCGAACAUUUGUAUCCUGAUACAUUAAUAGAUUUUCAAUUUAACAUCUUUGGUUACAUCAAACCUAAAGUAGUCAUUAUAACUACGCCAAAUGCAGAAUUCAAUGUAUUAUUUAACCGUUUAUCUGGAUUUAGACAUUAUGAUCAUAAAUUUGAAUGGACUAGAGAACAAUUUGAAGACUGGGCCUAUAAUAUUGUUUUAAGAUAUUCAGAUUAUCAAGUGACAUUUCAUGGUAUUGGUGAUGGGCCUAAAGAUACAGAGUACUUAGGUGCUUGUACUCAAAUGGCUAUUUUUCAUCGUAAUAGCGAAGAAAAUAGUUCACAAUUAUUAGGUGUUGAUAAUUUAUUUAAACUCGUUACUAAGAAUGAUUUUCCAUACAAAGUUGAUAAGCGUUCGAAUAAACAAAAAAUUUUGGACGAAAUCAGUUAUCAUAUGAGCCGAUCUGCCAAUUUUAAUAAUUUUCAGGGAGAAUUAUCCCUUAAUACUUUAUUUUCAUUAUUAAAGCAAUUUAAUGUUACAAUGGAAUCCUUAAGAAUAAUCUUAAAAGAAGGGGGAUGGUCCAUUGUUGAUCGUGAAGAAGGUCCUGUUGUAUUAACCUCAGACGAACCAAAUGCUAUCGAAGAUAAUUUCUUCGAUGACGAUAGAUUAUCUAAAGAAUCUGAAACAUCUUUAGAUUAUAAUGGAUACACAAAUUCAGAAGAUCAUUAUUGGCCUUCUGAAAACUGGGAUGAAGAACUAAGUUUUGUUAUACCUCAGAAUAAUUCCAUCAUACAAGAUAGUAAUACUUAUCUGUAUGAUGCCGAACAUGAAUUAUCAAAUACUAAUAAUCCUUCUGAUAGAUCAAAUUUUAAUGAUACAUCAUCUCAUAAAAUAAACUCUUAUAUGGUGUCUAAUAGUGAUACGGCUAAUUAUUCAAAUGCAUACAAUGAGAAUAAUACAUUUAUAAAACUUGCUGAUAAAGUAGAUAGGGCAUUAGAUUACCAUCAUUCUACAUCAAUAUUAUCUACUUCAAUAUUACCUCCACCAUUAUCAAUUCAUUUGGAUCAAUUAAACAGUUCCUAUUGCGAGGAUAUAGUUACAGAUAAAAAUAUGUCAUGUUCAUCAUUGCUAAAUAACACUUUUCAUUCAUUAGACAUAUUGAGAGAUGAAUCCGUUGAUUUGGAGAAAGCAACUGCUUCCAAUUGCAUGCAUUUGAAUACAUCUUCAAAUGGAAAAGUAUCAUCAGAAUGCACAAAUUAUUUCCAGAAUGAAAUUGAUGAAUAUUUUGAAGAAAAUAUUACAGAACUUGAGCAAGUAAAUAUGGAGAAAAACAAUAUUGAUGAUUAUGAAGAUCACUUUGUUGUUGAAGAUUAUGCAUCUGCAUCAAGUACAAAUCAGCCGCAAUACACAAGUUCACCGCAUGUUGUUACAAAAAAAACAAAAGAAGCAAGUGUUAGGCACAAAUCAUCAGAGUUUGACAACAGUGUAAGUAAAAGUAAUAUAUCAAAAACCCUACAACUUGAACCACAACGGAUACUUUCUAAUGACAUAGUAAGUAUUUGCCAAACUUCUCCAAAAGAUUUGAAUAAUACUAAUGCAUCGACUAUAUUAAGUCUACCUAUGAACAACGACAGUUAUGAUACUAGCAUAAAAUGCGACAAGACUGAAAACGAACAUAUAAUUUUAUCAAAAACAUAUGAAUUAGAAAACAUGCCUUCAGAUAAAAUUACUUCAAACAACCAUAAAAUAUUAACUUCAGAAAGAGAUCAUGCGAUUAUAACACAGGAAUCAAAUAUAAAGGCUAUCGAUAAUAUAAAUGAAAAUAAAAGAAAGUUAUUUUCUGUUGAAACAUACUCAAGUACCGCAGAUCAUCCAUUAUAUAAAGAGAAUGCGUUUAAAUCUUCCCUUACGAAUAUUGAUAAGUCUGAUAAAGAAAAAUGUAUUAGCCUCCCAUGUGCCAAAGAAAGUAGUGACCUUAUAUUACAAUCUGAAGAAACAGAAAAUGUAAAUAGUAUUCAAUCUGGUACAUGCUUAAUAAGUACUGUUGCUGAAUGUAAGGAUUUAAACAGUAUUAUUGCAAAGGGUAUAAAAUGUUCAAAUAACAUUUUAGAAAUAAAACCUAAUUCUCCAGACCCUUUAGAAACACCCCCGAAUAGUUGGUCUCCAGAAAUUAUGGAUUCUGGUUAUCCAAACACUGCAUCAUCAGCACAAGACAUGACACCAGAAUAUGAUCUUUCUAGUAUAGCACAUGAUCAAAUAUCUGAUUCAGAAUCUCCAAGUAUUGCGGAAGCACCACAGUUUGCAUAUCCAGAACCAGUGAUAAUAGAAAAUGGUGAUCUUGCUAAUAAUAAUAGGGAUGGUGAAGGUAAUAAUAUGAUGGCUGUGGCUGAUAAUGAUAUCGAAAAUCUACAACCUUUGAUUAAUGUUUUGGAGAAUGAUCUUGAAAAUGAAAAUGAUAUUUAUGUUGUUGAAAAUGGCUUUCCUGUAUGGCUAUUAAGAAUAUUAGAAAUGGCUAAUCCAAUAGAUAUUGGCGGGCAUGUUUUAAGAGAUCAUAGAGAAUUAAUUCCCUUUGAUUUUAUAGAAGGCGACGCAGAAUAUUUAGGUAUAGAUCACGAUGAAGGUUUUGAUAGAAAUUCCUCGAUAGAAGACAGUGAUCAAAAUAAUGACGAAAUAUCAAGUAAUAUUUCAGACGUGAAUCAUAUUGAUUAUAAUAACGAAAUAAUGUAUGUGACAGAUAGCGAUGAGAGUAACAAUUUAGAAAAUAUCGUUCAUGUACAUUAUAACAUUAAAAAUGCUAGUGAUGAACGGGAAAUAGAAAAUAUGUGAUGAUGUCGAGAACAAAAUCCUAGCAUAUCAUCAUCAUCAUCAUUCAYUCAUUUCUAAUCAUACCAUUUUUCGACAAUUCGAUUCAUAAAAUGAAAGAUAAUAAACACAUAUUUUACGUUUAGUGUUCAUUCAUAU